GCUGUGGCUAUUCCUGGUGCUGACCGGUAACCUGGCUCUGGAGCGUCUGCUCGCCGCCUACUUCAUCUCAGCCCCGUCGCCAGUGCUUAUCCAGAACGCCCAGGAGACAGGUGCGGUGCUGGAGGACAUGGUGUGGCUGCUGCGCCGCGCCGCCGUCUCACUUUGCCUGCUGCUGCUGUCCGUCGUGGCGUACCGCUACCGCGACCUCAACGCCGCCAACAACCGGCUCCUGCUGGAGCUGCACCGGCGGCAGCUGGAGAUGCACCGCUACCUCACGUCCAAGGGUGUCACCGAGCCUGAGCCGGGGUCACGCUGCGACGCCGUCCGUGCCGGUACCGGUGCUAACGCGGCAGUCGCCGGGACCAUGUGGUCUGUCUACCGGCCGGAAGAGAUCGGCGGUGGCGACGUCCCCGACGGUGGCGCCGCCAACGGCGACGGGGCGCUCCCUGACGGCCACACGCCGCCGAGCUCGGCGCCGGCGCCGCUGAUGGUCGUGUCGCGUCGAGAAGCGGCGAGCGGCCGCUCCACGCCGCUCGGUCGGUCCAGCCCGGUGGAGGCCGCGGCGGGAGCCCUGGCCGUCCUCCGAUACACGCCUGAGCCGCCGGCGCUGGCCAGGGCACGCUCCGGGACACCCCAGCCAUCUCCGGGCCGGUACAACCUGCGCGCCCGCGCCGGCAUCGGCGCCACCGCCUGGACGCAGCAACACUCGCCGGCCGCCCUCUCCCGCGUCGCCCGUCAGCUGGAGACGGUGGCGCAGCAUCAGAGCCGGCUAGUGCGCAGCACUGGCCGCAGGGCGCUGGCGCAGCACGCUGGGAGCUGAGCUGAGAGCUAAACGGUGAACGGAGGCGCCCGCGGAGGAACCAUGUGGCAGGGACAGCUGAACAGUAAGGAGGGUGUACGACCCGCUGAAGUACGGCAUAGCAGGGACUGCUGGGCAGCGAGGAGGGUGUACUGCCCACAGGAAAGUGCGUAGGUCCUAAGAGUAUGAACACACGCAGGUUGGGAGGCGACGGUCUCGACUGAGUGUUGAUCGGGUGAGAACUAGGGUGCACGUGGCAGGUCCCUCCGUACAAGUUUCCGACACGACCUUGCAGUCUAUCGCCGGCCUAUGUCAGUUGACGAACGGGGCCAACUGUGUCCAAGUCCAGAGGCUCAGGGAUACCCGGGCCCGCUGUACAGGCCCUCCCAUUGACGGUCCGUCCGCCGCCGGGCUGCGACGGUGUGAGCCGGCCGUCCCAGCCGUCUGGCUACCGAUGGUCAGAGCAUCUCCUGACGAUCCGGAUCGUGUGUUUUGCGCGCGCGGCGUGGGGCAUGGGUCCGCUGGCAUUGACGAGUGUGUAUUGCAUGCCUGCCUUGCUAGCUUUGUACUGCCUGACUUUAGUCAUAGCGAGACCCUCAGCGAUGCGAUGCCAUGGCGCCGCGCAUGUUGCAUCUUCGAUGACAGUUUUUUUGCUGUUGCUAGGAUCCUCACAACACAACAGCAGCCGCCUCACAUUUGUUAUCUCAGUUGGUGACCUGGAUGUGAAUGUCCACCGCAGUUGGAGUUAUGCGAUGGUCCCUGAACCAGUGCGAUCAGGUAUAUCUCGAUCAUUGAUACCGCCCAACGCAUGAAAAGUGGUGUUGCUUACUUACAACUAUCAGUAACAAAGACCAAAGAAUGCUGAUGGUGAAUGCUGGAUAUAAAGAAUGCUGGUGUUUUUAGCAGUGAGCGGUUCGCUGUUUUGCGAUCUGCGAGAUUCGUCGCGAGUGGCAUUGCCCGAGAUCAUUUUCGGUGGCAGAUGUUAUGGGCGUAAGCGCAUCAAUACCAAGCGUACUGCGUCAUGGCUGCGUAAGCGUCAUGGCUGCCUGUUCUGUGCGCAGCACUUAGCGUACUAGCCUGGGUGUUUACAAUAAUCGGGAGGCAGCGGUCAGCUUUUGGAGUAUUUAAUGGUAAAUGUUUCGUAGGUUCCGUACUCGAUUGUGAUAUUUUAUCUCGCUGGUAUUGCUUUUCGAUCUGCCCCAGUGUGACCAGGUUGGCGUGCUUUGACACUCCGCACACAGCCGUACAUUCCGGUGCCUCUUGUAGGAGAAUAGCUUUAUAGGACGAACUUUGUGUAUGGGCAUGUGUCUAAUAUACUAAUAUAUUUUCUAACCUUUGAAUAUUCCGUCAAGGUUGAAUGUUUUGUUUGUUGACUAUUGGUGUUUUAGAGUGCGUUGGCCGUCUCGUUAUGGCCCAUAGCGAUAUUUUUACUUGACUGG